CCCAAACCUACAUUUUCCAAGUUUUUGGGUCAAGCAAAGCGAGUAUUACAGGUUGUUGCAUUUCAGUCUCUCCCUGGGGUUGCGGCGUCUACAAAAUUCGGAGAGAUGGGUUUUUCGAAAGGGCAACUUCUUGAACGCUUACAGGCUCAACAGAUAAAAUUUUCGCAGUAUGAGCAUCCUGUAGUGAUGACUGUUGAAGCCCAGGCCAAGUAUGUUGGACAUAUCAAAGGUGGAUUGAGUAAAAACUUAUUCCUAAAGGAUAAGAAGCACAGACUUUAUAUUGUUUCAGCCUUGGCUGAUACCACAGUAGACCUAAAAGUUCUAUCUCAAAGGCUUGGGCUUGGAAAAGGAGGGGUGAGAAUGGCACCUGAAGAAGCAGUUGUAGAAAUACUUCAGGUGCCUUUAGGCUGUGUUACUCCAUUUGCACUUGUGAAUGAGUCAGCUAAGAAUGUUUCGUUGUUGUUGGAUCAAGGUUUCAAAACUCAGGAGUGCUGCUUCUUCCAUCCACUCUCCAACGAUACAACCAUCUCCCUUCACAUACAGGAUCUUGAAAAGUUUCUCAAGUCAGAAGGAAGAAUGGUUGCAUAUGUUGAUCUUGAGGCUAAUCCUUGUGUAGGGAAGGAUCAACCUCCAGAUUUAGCUGCUUUAGUUCCAUCUGACAACACCUCACGCAUAAUAACAGAUGUUAUGGAGAAAACAGCUUCUUUGAAGAUUGACAGCAAGCCAGUCUCUGCUACUGCCAAAGCAUCAAAGGUUUCCAAGAAGGAGAUAAUGGCAAACUCUUUUGCUGAUCCUGAAAAGUUUAUUCAAGAGAUAGUAGAGAAAGCAUCAGCCAUUGUUCUUUCUGAGAUGAAAGAUCAAAACAUUAAGCAGCAUGGGGAUGGGGAACAACUGGUAUCCAGCCAUCUAAAGAAGAAUCUUAGCUUGGAGCUGAAAAACCUAGCUACGAUGUUUAAAAAUACAGCCUACACGGAAGGCUUUGUUGCUGGUACCCGCUGCCCAGCAAAGCGAUUAUAGCCAAAAGGUGAAGGGAAGGGAGGGAGGGUUGUUAUAUCAUAUGCAAAUGCAAAUUGUUUGUCAAAUUGGUUGCUAAUCUCACAAUCUCUUUGCUUUUCUUGAAACAUUAAAGCUUUGAUGGGUGGUUUUUAUUAUUAUUAUUUUUUUUCUUUAUACGUUUUUGAGGAUUUCUUACUUCAGAUACCGCAACUGCAGUUGGUUUGUUUUUGAGCAUGAGACGCCGCAAUUGUUGUGUCAUGUGAGAGCACAAAAUGUUUGUCAAAUAUUUGCUACGUCUUGUACCUUGUUUGCUUAGAUGCAUG